CUCCGCAGGCGCACGAACGGCUGUUGGGAAGCUGAUCGGCGGCGGCCUCCCGGGCCUUCCCCGUCUGAACUGCGUUUCUUGGCUUCCGGCUCCCGGUUCUCAGAACCUUUAUAUUUAAAGAACACAGAAAUGAAAAGAAAGGUAGUGAAUGCUGGCAAAAUGAGAUUGAGUCCUAAUGAGGAAGCCUUCAUUUUAAAAGAAGAUUAUGAAAGAAGACGAAAACUAAGAUUGCUACAGGUUAGAGAACAGGAAAGGGAUAUUGCUUUACAGAGAAGAGAAGAUAUAAAACAGAGGAGAAAUCGGCAAUUUACUCGUUUGGCAGAGGCACUGAGGACAGAAUGGGAAGAAUCACAAGCUCAGAAAAUAAACAACUUGGAAAAACUGUAUUUGUCCAGUUUAAGAAAUAUGGGAGAGGGACACCAACAAGCCAAAGAAAAUGAACCUGAUUUAAAAGCUCUGGCACAGCGAGCAGCAGAAAGAAAGAAAAAAGCAGAUGUGAGGCAUAAAGAGGCCCUGAAAGUACAGAAAAAUCAAAAAGAAAUGUUAAUGAAACAAAAAACCUGGCACAUAAAAGCUCGAAAGGAAGCACUGCUUGCAGAAAAAGAGAGAUCUGCCAAGAUCGCAAGUCUGCCACCUCCUCCUCCAACUCUUUUUGAGAACAUUAAAGUAAAGAGAAUUUCAAAUGUGAAAACCAGUAGUUCUACCUACCAUCAUCUUGACACUUUUGUGAAUAGAGAGAGAAACACUGAACAGCCAGAUCCUCAUUUGGCUGCUGAAGAAGAAGCUAAAAGACUGGAAGAAGUACAAAAACAAGCAGCAAAAGAGAGAAUGGAACAGAGUGAAAAGGCACACAUACGAGGUUUUCAAGCAAUGAAAAAGAUCCAUUUGGCUCAAAAUCAAGAGAAACUAAUGAAAGAACUCAAACAGCUACAGCAAGAGGACCUGGCACGUAGGAGACAGACUGUAGCUCAGAUGCCACCACAACUAGUUGCACUUCCCUACAAACGCAGUGAAAUGAAGGAAGACUGGCAGAGAGAGCUAGAAUUUGCCUUUGAAGACAUGUACAAUGCAGACAGGAAGGUGAAAGGAAACCUGAUUUUGCACCUUGAACCGGAGCCUUUGCCCACUGUGACUGAUCAGAUCCAAGAUGAAGAACUGGACAUUUCAAUGGAACAGGAGAACUUAGGUGAAACUGAAAACCCUCCAGUGACAGAAGCUGAAAGAAUAUGUUCUAGUGAAGCAGACGUUCCCUUGGCAAUGAAGACCCAGGAGCUUCCUUCAAAAAUUCUUUUUAAAAAAUUAUUAAAUAAGAUCCGAAACCAAAAAUCUCUCUGGACAAUUAAAUCCACGUCUGAGGAUGAAAGUGAAAUGAUUACUACUGUUAGUGAAACUGAGAGUAGUAAAGCACCAGCAACUGAGUCAGAAACCACGGCUAUUGAAGAGGGCACGUUAUCCUCUGGGCAGGAGCAAGUUGAAAGCGAUAUGCUGACAAUUGACUCUGGACCACUUACUAGUGAAGAUCAACCAAUUUCAUGUGAUGCAGACUCUAAAAAAGAACAAGAAAUAAAUGAGACCCAGCCUUGCACAGCUGUAGCUCAGAGUUCAGUUCUACUGCAUCCUCAAGAAGAAGCAGCCAGAAUUAGAAUGGCAGCAAGACAGAAACAGAUAAUGGAAAUAGAAGAGCAGAAGCAAAAGCAAUUGGAAUUACUUGAACAAAUUGAACAACAGAAGUUAAGAUUAGAAACUGAUUGCUUCAGGGCUCAGCUGGAAGAAGAAAAAAGGAAAAAAACUCAACAAACUGAGGUUGGCACUGCUCCAGCAUCAUGCUCCGUGAGUACUGAUGAAGAUAGUCAUAGACAGAUGAUUCGCAACUAUCAGCAUCAGCUUUUACAGCAAAAGAGGUUUCAUAGACAGUCUGUUGAAAUAGCCAAGAAACAAUUACUUGAAUAUCAGACUAUAUUAAAAGGAAAGUACCCAUCCAUGUCAGCUGCAUCAUUAAUAACUGAUUCUGUUGUAUCUGUCCCACCAUGGAAAUCUGAAAGACCCACUUUUAUAUCAGAACAUUGGCAUCAAGGUCAGAGACCCAAGUUGAGUCCUCACAAAUAUCAAUCUAUACAACCCAUACAGAUACCCAGAGUAGAACAGCCAUAUUUUCAGGUUCCAAGACAAAAUCAUUUUCCACAAAGACAAGUAGAAACAACAGAAACAGAUGUUUUAGCCAAGAAAUGUUUGGAAUCACAAGAACAGCCAAAGCUGUUUUCACAGACUGAAAUACAGCAGAGAGACUGUACAUCUGUUCCUAAAGAUUCUCAAAUAUUUUCAAGGGCUUUAUCACAUGAUAGGCCACUGGUAUUGCAGCAUGCUAGUGAAGUAACUAGAACUUUAGACUCCCAGCAGAUGUUCUUAGAGAACAAUGAAAAUACAUUUUCUGAGCCUACUGAACCUUCUUCAUUCUUACCACUGGUUGCUAAACAUUCUUUUAGUUCUCUGCCUGGUAAAGUUGAAUCUGGAAAAAUCCAGGAACCCUUUUCAGCCAUGAGCAAAAGUGUAGUCUCUGUAAGCCAUUCUGCAAUCAGCCAAAUGCACGCUAAGCCUUUGCCACCCUCAGAGAACAUCACAGCUCAGCAAUGUAAUUUGAAGGUUCUCCAAGAGCAAUUAGACCUACAUAAGGAAGUUCUUCGGUCCAGACAGGAAGCCCAGGAACAGUUGCUUUUGGGCAAACAAAAAGAAUUGGAAGGACAAACUGGCAUCUCUGUGUUUCUUCCAUCAGUACCUCUCGAUUCGUUUGUUUCACUGCCUUCUGCCAAAGCUCAAUCUGGGAGAAUCCAGGAAUCUUCUUCAUCCAAGAAUGAUACCACAGUUUCUGCAGGCCAUCCUGAGGUUCCACAACCGCAGGAUAGGCCUUUGAGUUUUUCACAGCAAGAUCAUUUUAAAUUUCUUAAGGAACAGUUAAAUAUUCAGAGGGACGGCCUUCAGGCCAGGCGGGAAGCCCAGGAAGUAUUACGUGUAGAUGAACAGAGUGAGCUGGAUGGAAGUGUAUGGGCUGAACAGACUGAGCCACCUUCUCUUCCAUCUCAGGUAGCUCAGCAUACAUUUACUUCAUUAGUUUCUGCUGGUACCCAGUCUGGAAAAAUCCAGGAGCAGUAUUCAUCUAAGAGUAAGGAGGGGCUUCUCUCAAGCCAAUCUGAAAUCCCCAAAUCUCAGGAUGGCUCGUUGAGUUUCCUGCAGCAGUUCCUACCUUUACAUGAUAGCUUGAAGUUGCUCCAGGAGCAGCUGACUGCACAGAGGAAUGCUCUUCAGGCCAGGCAUGAAGCCCAGAUGGAGUUACUUUUACACAGACAAAGGGGUUUGGGGAGCACUAAGUUGGGACAGAUGAGUUUUUCAUUCCCACCAACAGUUGCUCAGCGUUCCGUUGCUUUGCAAACUUCUGCUAAAACAGAGACUGAAAGAAUUCAGAACCUUUAUUUGUCUGACAAGGAGAGUGCUAUCCCCGCAAAUCACUCAGUAAUCCCGACAUUUAGGGAUGCGUCUCUCAGUUUUCCAGAGCAUAGCUUGCCACAGCAAGAAAAUUUGACAACACUCCAAGAACAGUCACAUAUUCAGAGGACUAUAAUUGGUGCUAAACAAGAAGCUCAGGAAUUUGUACACAAUCAAAGGGAAUUAGAUAAAGGAAUUUCUUCCGAACAGACUGGCUCCUCUUUAUCCUUAUCCCGGGUAGCUGAAUCUGAAAAACGCUGUGAAUUCCUGUCAAGUGACAGUGUGGGUCCCUUAAGCCAUUCCAAUAUCCCAAGAUUUCAUGAAAGAUGUCUGAGAUCUUCACAAGGAAAUUUGGAGGAACACCAAGAAUGGCUAGACACACAGGAGGCCCUUCGCUUUAGCCAGAAAACCCAAGGAAAUAUAUCUUCUAAACAAACUGGUCCCUCCUCAUUCGUACCCCAGUUAGGACAGCUUUCAUUUACUCCAUUACCUUUUGAAUCUGGUACAACCCAAGAACCUCUUUCAACAGAGAGUGACGGUAAACUUCCUUUAGGCCAUUUUCAGAUCCCACAGUUGCAGGAUAGGCUUUUGAGGAUAUCACAACUUAUCCAGCCUCAACAAGAUCAUUUGAAGGCACUUCAAGAACGGUUAGCUGCACAAAGGGAAGCCAUUGUUCAGUCUAGACAGGAAGCCCAGACCGAACAUAAAGAGAGUGAGCCAAGGGAAGGACUAUCUCCUGAGCAGAUUGGCACCUCUUCCUUCUUACCCCUACGUGUACAACAUCCAUUUGCUUCAUUACCUCUUAGUAAAUCUGAUAGAAUCCAAGAAACUUGCCCAAUUAAGAAUGAUAAUAUAGCCUCCUCACAUUCUGAGAUACCAAGAUUGCCUGAUCGUCUUUUGGGCUUAUCGCAGCCUGUUUUAUCUCCACAAGUUAUGUUGCCCGUGCAAAAUAAAUUUGAGGAAAAGGUAUCUUCUGAACAUUUUAUUCAACCUCACCAUCAUGAUUUGGUGGUACUUCAGCAGCAGUUAGAUAUGCAGAAGGAAGCCAUUCGGUUUAGACAGGAAGUCCAAGAAGAAUUCCUUUCACGAAGACUAAGUAAAUUGGAGAAAGGGGUAUCAUCUGAACAGGUUAGCUCCUCUUCAGCCUUAUCUCAGGUAGCACUGCCUCUUGACUCUGAAAGAAUCCGAAAGUCUUUUCCAACCCAAAGUAUCAAUACAACUCCCCUAAGUCAUCCUGUAGUCCCCAGAUCACAGGAUAGGCUUUUGAGUUUCUCACAGCCUGUUCUGCCUCAGCAAGUUCAUAUGACAGCACACUUGGACUUGCAAAGGGACGUGGUGCGCUCUGGUGAGAAGGCCCAGGAAGAACUGCUUUUAACCAAAAGAAGUGAGUUGAUUGAAAGUGAAUCUUCUGAGCACAUGGUUCCCUCUUUGUUACUACCCAAGGAAAGAGAGCCUUCAUUUAUUCCACUACCUUUUGCUGAAGUUAAAUAUAAAGACAUUUGUGAAUUGGAUUCAUCCAAGAAUGAACAUGCAGUUCCUUCAAGCAGUUCUAUGAUCCCAGAAUUUCAGCAUAGACUUUUGAGUUUUUCACAGCCUAACUUGGCUCAGCAAGAUAACUUGGGACUUCAGAAGCCGUUGGAUCUACAAAAAGCCCAGGAAGAGCUGCUACUACAGAGACAAACAGCAUUGCAGCAGCAGAUACAGAAACACCAAGAGACUUUGAAGGAUUUCUUUAAAGAUAGUCAGACAAGUAAACCCAGUCUUGAAAAUGACUUAAAACCCCAGAUGUUCAGAGAGUGGCUUCCUCAUCUCCAAGGCCACAGAAGAGACGAUCAUGGAAACAUUAGUCCUGCGGAUAGGAGCAACUCUGAUGAUAAUCAGCUGCUUUCAGAAGGUGAGCAUCUGAAUAAACAACUGGGUAGGAGAGUCUCAAAGCCACCUGUAGCAAAAGUUAAGUGUGGAUUGGACUUGAACCAACAUGAACUUAGUGCUAUACAAGAGGUAGAAUCACCAGCAGCAAGUGGCAGACCGUCAUUACUAGGUAAACCAGAUUUUUAUCAAGACAGAGACCCCCUGAGGGUCUCUGUAAGUCGAGAACAAAGUUUCCUUGGGACCCCAUUGGACCAUGAUUCAUUUGCUCACCCUCAUCCGAUUGCCCAGGAGAAUGCCUGUGGUGAUGAUUCUGAUAAAGCAGUCACGAUCGAGGAGGCUGUGCUUGAGGACCCUGCCGUGUUAAGUUAUGCUGUGGACAAAGAAGAGCACAUGUAUCUGCGUCCAGCUGGGAAGCCAGAGAAUGAGGCUGAAGCACAAGAGAUUUAUCCUGAGCCAUUAUCUUCAAUAACUAUUUCUACUGGGAGUUUAAGUAACGAAAACACAGAUUUGAGCUUUACAGAUCCAGUUGAUCUUGACUUUCCAGAACUAGAAUACAUUUUUCCAAACUUGCAUCAUCAGCUGUUUAAACCCUUAGAACCACAGCCAGAUUUUGAUAUGUCAUCAUUAUCCUCUGGGAUUUCUCAAGAGAGCAGAGACUUUUACCAGGGCUCAGAUGCUUCAUGUGAAAGCCACCAUGCGACUGUGUGCUCCAAAAGUACGGUUUCUUUCACAGCACUGAGGAGGGCCAGCCUGCACUCUCCUCUGCACACAAGCCUGGAUCAGCAGCCUGACCCGCACCUGACUCACAAUGCAGCUCUGAGUUUUGGCACAGAAAAUAUUUUUGAGGGAUCUGAACAAUCUUUUCAACAGCUUCUGCCAGAAUUUUCUUCACAGGAGGGGAGCCAGCAUGCUGAUCUACCAACUAUUUUUAGCAUUGAAGCAAGAGAUUCUUCCCAAGGCAUGGAAAAUCAGUACUCCUCUGACCCAACUGAAAUAUUACAAAAUAAGGGGGGAAAUGUUCAUUUCCAGCUCUCUAUAGGAAAUUUGAAAAGUUCAAUCUUCACUCCAUCUACUGAGGCUAAUGUAUUUCAUCAGUUAAAUUUACAGCAUAGCACUCCAUGUGGUUCUACUUCUAGUGAGUACUCAGUGAAAGACAGAUUAGAAGGCCAAAAAGAAAAACUGGGCUUUGAAGAACUAUCAGAAAGAGGGGUUGAUGAAGUGUUACAAAGUCAAGGACUUACUGAAGAGGAAAAAAAUGGAACCUGUGGAGUUUUCCGUGUAAAUCCACAUGUACCCGAAAUUGACUCACAGUUAUGUAUAAGAACAGUGGAGAUGGGAACUUCCGUUCAGAUACCAUAUUCAUUAACUAUUCAGAAUGAAAAAUAUUUUGAGAACUCAGCUAAAGCAGAAACUCCAAAAAUGAUACCAACCCUGUCUCGGCCAUCACAAUCAGAGUUCUUUUUCAGUUCUGGAUCAUUAUCACUACAGAGCUCUAUUCCCAUCUGGGAGACAGAGUCUGGCCAUGGUAUAAUGGAAGAACCAGAACUUUCGUUAGUAAGCACCAGUGAUAACAGUAUUGCUGAAGUGGAUUUUGCAAACCUAACCUUAGAUGAAAAGAAUGAGGCAAAAAGUUUUCAGGUGAGUGAAUUUCCACCUGUGUCAGAAACACAAAACUCGGAUUAUCCAGCUGUAUCAGAUCCUUCUGUGGAGAAGCCAACUGCAGUUUCUGCAGAAACCCUUCCAAAAUUUACACCUGUACCAGGAAGCUUACAAGAAGCAUUUGUAAAGAGAAAAAAAUCAUUUAUAGAGAGAUCCUGCCAGAGACAGAAAGAAAUAAGGAAUAAAAUACGUGUCUUUAAAAAUUCAGAAAGCCAAGUGAUUAAGGGGAGACCUUCUACAGGUUUAUCUGCAAGUCACCUAAAGGGUGUGAAUAAAGUUCGAGUGUCACUUCCUGAAGACAGAAAGACUGCACAAGCCCUUACGCACCAAAGAGCUCUAAGGUUACACAAUCAGUUAGCUGAAGUCAAACAGCAGAAGGAAGAGAAGGUAAAGCAAGAUGCAUAUGCCCAAAACAGAGCAAGGGCAAAAGAAUUUCAUAAGAAAACACUAGAGAAACUCCGAGCCAAAAAUACAUGCUGACUUUUUACAAAAAGUGUAAAUGGUUUUUAUUAUUUGUAACAUAGGCACAAUUAUUUAAAGUUAAUA